UUCAUCUUCACCGCGUCGACAAUUUCAUGUGGGGCGCCGUGCCCUCCCUCUCCCUCGCAGUUUCUUCUUGACGAGAAACUUGGAGUCACUACAACUGAUUCGCCUGAUAUAGACCAACCCGGCGGGCGCUGCGACGGUGGCGUCUUUCGACCUCUCCACCCUGUCCCAGUUGCGAAUGCGCUAGACCCACGAUCAAGAUGCCCGCACAGCGCCCGAGGGCAUCCUUCGAGCCUAUACCCACGGACUUCGACGUAAAGACGUUCGUAGAGACGAGCGACAACUUUCAAUAUGUCGACCGCAUAUCAUAUGAGAUGAUCGAAGCGAAUGGCAUAGAGAAGUUUGAGAAGCUCGUCCUACUUCACGUUGUAGUGGGAGGGAAACCCCUGGUCAUUGAUGGAUUUGAAGAGAUUCUUGAUCCUUGGACUUUUACCCCAGGGUGGUUGCGCGACAACCAUGGCGAGAAAGUGGAAUAUGCGCGCAAUCUCACGGCCAAGGACAACAUGCCGCUCACCAUCAAACACUAUCUAAAUCACAUGGGUCGCCUGACCGAGCAAUUCUUCACAGACCCGGAGGCGUAUAGAGACAAAAAGAGACAGCGAAUAUACUUGAAAGAUAUCGACUGCCCACCAGUUUGGCAGGACAAGUUGAAGGAGCACAUUCCAGCCGGACUCUUUUACCUCAACGAAAGUACGGGCGACAUUGGUGGUCCGGGGGCUUUGGAUGAACCGGGAGGUCGCAAAGGCCGUGGAAUCGGCCGCGCUGGAGAUCUCAUGAGCAGUCUGCCCCCUGAUAUGCGCGCCGAGAACCUCAUGUGCUAUAUCGGUCACGAAGGCACAUACACCCCGGCUCAUCGCGAAAUGUGCGCAUCUCUCGGCCAGAACAUCAUGGUCAAUGCGUCUGGAAAUAUCGGCGAGGACGGGCAGCCGGAACGACCGGGUUCUUCCAUAUGGUUCAUGACUGAGACGAAGGACCGACACCUGGUUUCCGAGUAUUGGCUUUCCGUUCUUGGCCACGACAUUGAGGUAGAGGACCAUUUUGCCCAACUUAUUGCUUGGAAGAAGGCACCGUUUACGACCUACGUCGUGGAGCAGAGGCCAGGAGACUUCAUCCUCAUUCCUCCGCUGGCGCCGCAUCAGGUCUGGAAUCGUGGAACCCGGACGAUGAAAAUCGCAUGGAACCGAACUACGGUCGAGACCCUGGAGUUGGCGCUGUCAGAAGCAUUACCCAACUCUCGCGUUGUGUGUCGGGAUGAGCAGUACAAGAACAAGGCUAUUGUUUAUUAUACUCUACUGAAAUACUCUAAUAUCCUCAAAAUGGCUCGGGCGCAAGUAGAGGCUGGGGGAGACCAAGCAGAUGCGAUUCAGCGGUCAGUCAAGGUUCGACAAGUACAAAGGGACUUUAAGAGGCUUUUCGACCUUUACAAGGAUAUUCUUCUGUCGGAGAUGUUCGCCCCGGAUUCCCGUGAACAUCCGGAAUAUGUCCCUUACGACAGCAACGUCACUUGCUCCUAUUGCAGAUGUAACAUCUUCAACCGCUUCCUUACCUGCAAGACCUGCAAGAACGCCUACUCGAAGGAAAUCGAUGAUCCCUAUGAUGUUUGCAUGGAUUGCUACUGUAUGGGACGAAGCUGCUCCUGCCAGUCCGGUUACACUUGGGUGGAACAGUUCAAAUGGAAAGAUUUGGUCCACAAAUAUGAGGAAUGGCGUGCGCAGAUUAUCGAUAUCGACGGCCGUAUGACUGAAAAGACACCACUCCCUUUGAUGGAAGAGCGUCGUUAUCUCGGCAGGAAGACCUUGGCCCAGGUCUGUCAAGAACAACUGAAACUCCGCCCCUUCGUCGAUCCCAACGCUCCUCCACCGGAAGAGGAUGAGAAGUCCGACGAUGACGAAGUCCAGUUCAACGCCGACGGCACGGUCAGGAGGAUGGGGAAGAAAAAGUCGAAAGCCUGGCUGAACAACCACAGAUCCUGCCAUUUCUGCCUGCACCGUCAUCCCAAAUGGAAAAUGGCUUUCUGCACUAACUGUGAUUUGGCGUACUGUUACGGCACCUUGUUCCGCGCUCACGACAAGAUGCCGCUUUCCAUCAUGGAGAAUCCAAAUUGGAAGUGUCCCCACUGCGAGAGAAAAUGUAAUACUGGGGCUUGCCGCAGAGAUCCUCGACAGCAUCCAUAUAAACCCAAGGGUACAUUGCUCGGCCAUGACACGAAGAAAGUUGCAGAUCCCAGAUCAGUGGAAUGCCUGGUCGACUUCAGCGUGUCCAACCUCAACUGGUUACAAGAGGACGGCGCGCCGAUGCAGCAGCGGCGGCUUGAGGCGGAACAGGCGAAGAUGCAUGAUCCGAUGCUCGAUGAUCGCUUCAUGGACGAGGAGUUUGACUACAGCAACCGCAAUGGCAUUGCUUAUUCACCUGUCCAAGAUCAGCAUGCCGGGGCGAAUGCGAACGAGUUCGGCGACAGGAAUGGUUAUGUCGAUCCAAAUGCUGUGGUUUACCAAGCGGAUACUACAAUGCAAGAAGAUGGCUUCAACAACUCUUACUACCCUGAUCCUGACCAGAACGGCGAGAUUCCUCGGCUGGGAAAGCGAAACCGAGACGAUGGGGAGGGCGAGGCAGAGAGUGGACGACGGAAGAAGAAGAAGAAGCAGGCGAAGAAGGAUGAGACUAACCAGCCGGCUCAACCAAAGAAUGUCUCUGGAAAGGAGUACCAGAAAGAAGUGCAGAAGAGGCUCCUGGAAGAGGCAAGGAGGGAUGACCGUUACAUCACCGUCCUUGCGCGCAUGAAGAACAAGUCCAAGGUCGUCAAGCUCUCGUUGCGCCCUGAGCUCCUAGAAGAAGUCCGCCGUCGACCCGUCCGCCCACAUCCGCAAGCACCGAGACCGGAAGCAGAGCCCCCUGUUGGGGAUGUAGGCUCAAUUCUCGAAUCCGAUGUCCUCCCUGCGCCCAAUGCUGGCAACAAACCCACCGAGAAACCAAAGCUGCCUACGUCUUUCCGCGUCCGCGUCGACGACGAUGAAGCCUACGGAACAAGACGACGGGAUUCCCACGGCAACACCACUUCGAAGCCCGGACGAAGGAACCGCAAAGGGGGUCGCUUUGAAGAACUCACAUUGGAUUCGGACGAUGAGGAAUUUGAGGAGGAGGACAUGGUUGAAUACUCUGGACCCAGCAUGGGCCGACCUCGUGGCGAAGGUCGCAGCUCUGCAUGGCUGGCUCGCAAGCAUCAGGACGACGACGAGGAUCUGCCAUCUGAAUUACCUCCCGAUUUUCGAGACGGCACUGUCAGACGACGAGAACGAGACAGGCAGCGCGAUGCGGAGAGGAGAGAGCGGCGGAAAACAAUGCCGGCGAAGGGGAAGGCGGGCAUUCGGCUGCCAGGGCGACCGUCGAGAAAGAGCACGGGCAAUAUGUCCGACGAAGAUGGGAUUCACGAAGAUGACGAUACUGGCGAUUCUGCGCUUGCUCUUGCGGCGGCGGCGGCGUUGGAGGCGUCAAAGAGGGCUGACGAGGAGGAGAGGAAGAAGAAAGAGGAGGAGGAGAGGGCGAGGCUGGCGGCUGAGAGGGAGGCGGAGGAGAAUUUGAGGGCGAAGAUGGCGCUUUGGGAUGAGGACGGCGAGGGGAUCGAUGGGAUCAUUGAGGGGUUUGCGGCGGACGACGAGCCACUUCAUGAUGAGCGAGCGAAUGGGGAGGGAGAGGAAUCGCUGUUUGUGUCUGCCUCCGAGUCUCCGGAGGCUGUUCGCACGGGUCCUCCGCUGUCUGAGAACUCAAUCUUCUCGCGUCCUGGCAUGGCAGGGAAGAAGAUCAAGAUUGUCUCCUCGACCAAACGCAAUAGCGGUGCCGGACCGUCGGCUACUGCGGCAACCACGGCAUCAACCGCAACCACGAGUACGGCGGCCAAUGUACUUGGUUCGAACCUCGCGUCAAUGAAGGAGCGAGUGACAGUCGAUUUGUCGGAUUUCUCAGACAGUGAUAGCGAGGAUGAGAUCCCUGCCACGGCGGCGGCGGCGGCGACACCGAAGAGGGGACCGGGCAGGCCGCCAGGGAGUGGGAGGGUGGUGCCGAGCAGAGGGGGAGCGGUUGUGGGGAAGAGGGGGAGAGGUAGACCGAGGAAGAGUGUGGGUUGAGGUAAUUCGAUGAUAGGAGGGUUUGGGGUUCAGAAUGGAGGCGGACUGGGGGUGGUGGGGUUGAGGUUCUCUUGCUUUUGGUUUAAUUCUUUACUAUUCAGAGUUUUGCCGGUGGGUGGCUUGGAGAGUCUUAUGUGGUAUGUGGGCUGAUUUGAGAUAUGAGUUUCCAGUAUUGUGGUGUCCUCUAAUGGAUGGAGGAAGUGGUGAGGGUGUGAGGGAGCCUCACAGUGCUUACACAUUCCAUGCGGUUGAAGACCAGCAGAAUUUAUCACUAAAGCUUAUCCUACUCCAACGCUAUCGAAUCACAGAGAGGAC